AUGGGAGGUGGAGCCGCUGAGCAUCGCCCCCCCGAGUGCCCCAUCGAACUCGGGACGUGCAUAUCCCGAACUAUCAAACCACACGGACAAACGCGCACUCUUUUUGCACCGACGCCGACAACCGGUCCGUAUCAGCCAUCUCCUGACUGCCCGUCUGUCCCUGACUCGUCUGCUGGCGGGCAAUUUGACCCUGGGGCCACGUGGGUGCGUGGCGACGGCGGAAUGUUUGGCUCCCGUCUGACAGUGAGAGCUCGACCGCGGCUCUGUCGCCAUCUCAGGCCAGCCGAACCCCACCCAUCUGGCAUCGCUAGACGACGCUCGUUCACCAACGCUGGUUAUGAUUACACACAGAAUCCAGUCCCUGUAAUACGUCCUGUGAUAUGGGCCGUGACGGCUGUCGGUACCAUCUACUUCACAUGUGCCGCCUUCGAUGUCUGGCAGGAUGUCAAGAAAUUCCGAAAGGAGGACCGCCGCAGCCUCACCUUCGACCGGCUGGAGGAGGAGCACAAACGACGAUGGAGGCGAAAGAGUCUGUCGACAUCGAUUUUCACACCAGGGCCUAUCGCGGCCGGCUCACCAAGCAGCUUCUGGGAUAAUCUGAGCGGCCCAACCAAAGUCAUGGCUGGCAUGACUUUCGUAAACGCUGGAUUUUGGGGUCUCUCGAGGAUGCCUUCACAGACUGCACAGAUAUGGUGGGCCAAGCUUGGGCACACGCCAGCCUCUCCAUGGUUCAGGAAUUCGCAGCUCUUCACAGCCAUGUUCGCGCAUAGUGGUACGUUCCAUGUGGCCCUGAACAUGCUGGGCCUCCUCAACAUGGGCCCACCUAUGGCUGCGAACCCCCCAAUCUCUGGAUCAGGCAGCCACUUUCUCGCCUUCUACCUUUCGGCCGGCGUUCUCUCCUCUCUUGGUGCUCAAGCUUCUUCGCUUGUCUUCAAGCAGGGAAGGUACAGUUUUGGAAUAGGAGCCUCUGGAGCAGUCCUGGGUGUGUUCGCUGCGUGGGCCGCGGGGGACCCAAACGCUCGAGUCCGCAUCUUCCCAUUGCCCAUGGUAUUCAAGGCAAAAGAUUUGCUGGAGUUUGAGGCGGUGUUCGAGCUCCUCGGUGUGCUUGGUGUUUGGCGGAUGCUAAGAUUGCCGAUCCGCUUUGGCCAUAGUGUGCAUCUUGCUGGACUUGGUGUUGGAGCUGCAUAUGUCACUUAUGACAAGAAUGCGCAGGCUUGGGCUACGUCGCGGAGGGCGGCGUUUAGGUCCAUGAAAAUGAUCGGUAUUGUUUGA